AUGUCUCAAACUCUAGAUGAUGCUCCAGAUGAGGUAUUACCAUCUAAUUUAUCGCUACCUGCUUCGAUUCCUUUAAAAAGAGAAUUGCUUCGAGAAUAUGAAGAUCAAUUCAGAGAUACCACAACAGAUAGUCUUUUCCGGGAUCAGAUAUUACAAACAAAGCAAAUGGCAGAAUAUUAUAUUGAUUAUAUUCUAGAAAAUGAUCAUUUAAAUUUCUCAGAAAAAAUAUUGCAACAAUACUUGAAUGCUUUUGAAAAUUUUAUGAAGUUAGAAGGAAAAUUGAACAAACUAAAACAAGUUCGUAAUCUACCAACCAUUGAAGGCUAUUCAUCAAAUUUAACAUCUUUGACAUUGGAUAAUCUUGACAAUCAGCAUACUCUUAACCAAGUUUAUUUUCCUGAAGCCAUUAAAGAAGAAUAUGCAAAGUUGGGAGUUCCAACCAUUUCUGAUUCAACAAUAACGAAACAAGGGUAUCAAUUUUUGAAACAGGUUUUGUUUCUGUUUAAAAACCCUGAAGAUGCUAUACCCGAUGAAACAGAAGACGACGAAUUGAAUGUUUCAGGAGGUAAAAUUUCUCUUAAGGAUCCACUUACCUUGAAUUAUUUUGUGAAACCUGUAAAAUCCAAACGAUGCAAUCAUGUUUAUGAAGAACUGAGUAUUCUUCUUCAUUUGAAUACUCAAAGAGUAUGUCCUAUUUCUGGAUGCAGUGCAGUAUUAACAAGAAAUGACUUGAUACUUGACAAAUUGAUGCUUAUACGAAUCCGAUCAGUGAAUAGAGUGGAAAGACACGACGAUGGAAAUAUGGAGACUGUUGUUUGA